AGAAUGAAUCAUCAAAUCAGAAAUCAGAUCCUCAGACGAGUAUAUAAAGGUACUCGCCUCACUCUUCAGCCUCAUCACACACUGACAUUGCUGGAGAACCAGAGAAGAAUCACUUCAACUGAUAAACAUACCUUACCGAGACACGAUUUGUUAGACUCCCCCAAGUAGCCAUGAACAAUCGAUUGCAGUGCAUGGAGAGGUUGGUGGAGCUCUUUGAGCAAUAUUCGGGCGAUGACAACGCUCUGGACAGGAAGGAGUUUAGAGCAAUGAUGGAAAAAGAGCUCCAGGGAAAAGUCGAUACAAGCGACGUCGACAAGAUCUUUGGCAAGCUGGAUAAGAACGACGACGGCAAACUCGAUUUGGACGAGUACAUCAAAAUCAUAGGUCUACUGAUAAAACAUAUCCACUGCAAAAAGACUGGCAAGGGAUGUGGCAAGUGAAAGGGUAACAAUUAGGUCAUCAGUCAUAUGUCAUCAUUAACAAACAUGUAGGUGAAAGCUAUGCACCUGUUUAACUUGUUUCUCCUGAUGUUGUCAAUAAAACAUUGGCGCUAAAUUAAAAAACUGUGAUGAUCAAUCAA